AUGAAUAUAUUGACAAAUAAAUACGAGGGAAACAGGCGUUUGGAUGGCCUGCUUGUGGUCAUCACCGGAGCUAACGCUGGGAUCGGCAAAGAGACCGCAUAUCAAAUGAGUAUACGUGGGGCUAAAGUAAUCAUUGGAUGUCGUGAUGUAAUGAAAGCCAUAAAUGCUAUUAAAGACAUAAAGCAAAGGAACCCAAAGGCAAACAUAUAUUCACUUCCGUUAGACUUGUCUUCACUUCAAUCCGUCCGUCAAUUCGUGACCGAAAUCACGAAACGGGAGACAAAAGUAGAUAUACUUAUAAACAAUGCGGGCGUUUGUCUGGUACCGGAGUCUCAGACCAUCGAUGGCUAUGAACUGCAAUUUGGGACAAAUCAUCUGGGUCAUUUCCUAUUAACCUUAUCGCUAUUACCGUUGCUAAGAAAGCCAAUCAAAGCACGAGUAGUUACCCUGUCGUCAAUUGUCCACCGGUUAGGAGAGAUUCACUUUAACGAUAUCAACCUACGGACUGCCGGUGCCUACAAUCCACUCACGGGUUAUACGCAGAGCAAACUGGCCAACGUGUUGUUCACCAGGGAGUUGGCCCGUCGACUGGGCUAUCACAGCACAGUGACAGCCUAUAGUCUACAUCCCGGAGCGGUGGCCACCGAUUGGGACCGUAAUAGCGGCUCACGAUUGUUGGCAUUUGGGUUACAUGUGAUCGGAAAGCCGUUUCAGUUGUCGGUCGAGAGGGGCUGUCAGACAACCCUCUACUGCGCCCUCGAGGAGGCGUUGGAUAAUGAGUCAGGUUUUUAUUACAGCAAUUGUCAACGAGUGGAUGAUAUGGUGUCGACGGCUACUGACGAUAAAAGUGCGGAACAGUUGUGGCAAUUGAGCCAAGAGUUGGUCCGACUUGAACGCCGUCUGGACGGACACGUUGUGGUGAUUACGGGCGCCAAUCAGGGCAUUGGGAAAGAGACCGCUUAUCGCCUUUCACUUUGGGGCGCAAAGCAAAGGAACCCAAAGGCAGACAUAUAUUCACUUCCGUUAGACUUGUCUUCACUUCAAUCCGUUCGUCAAUUCGUGACCGAAAUCACGAAACGGGAGACAAAAGUAGAUAUACUUAUAAACAAUGCGGGCAUUGGUUUUAUACCCGAAACCAAGACUGAGGAUGGGUUUGAAAUGACAAUCGGGACCAACCAUUUGGGCCACUAUCUGCUCACACUAUCAGUGUUGCCAUUACUGCGAAACGCCCCGAAAGCCCGGAUAAUAAACGUAUCGUCAGGUAUGCAUGCAUUCGGCAAAAUGAAUCUGCAAAACAUAAACCUCCGGAACGGGGCUUACAAUGCCAAGGAUGCGUACGCCCAGAGCAAACUGGCCAACGUGUUGUUUACUAGAGAGUUGGCCCGUAGACUGGGUCGGGACACUACGGUCACAGCCUAUUCGCUACAUCCCGGAGCGGUUCAGACCGAUUGGCACCGGAAUAUACAAUCCCCGGCACUGAGAACUUUGGGCCGACUUAUCGGUCAGUUGUUUGGGUUGUCUAUUGAGAGGGGAUGUCAGACAUCGCUGUACUGCGCCCUCGAAGAGAAGUUGGAUAACGAGUCGGCAAUUGUCGACGAGUGGAUGCAAUGGUGUCGACGGCUACUGACGAUAAAAGUGCGGAACAGUUGUGGCAAUUGA